AUUCGGAUACGCGCGCGUAAGCGCGUUUUGCGCUCGCAAAGUUUUAUUUUGCAAUCAAAAUGGCACCGACGGAGUCCAAUUAGCCGCCUUUGGCUCUCGAAUUUUCAGAGACCAUCCACUGAGCAGGGUAAAGGCGUCGUUAGAAAGCAUCUAACGGUGCUUAGCAAAUAUCACUCUGGAGUCUCAACUUUUGGCAGAGAAGGAAACAAUUUGGAAUUCGAUAAAUCACCCUGACAAAAAAAUUUACAGAGUCCGUCAUCACUCAGCAUUGUGCAACCUAUUUCGUGGCAUAGAGAGACAACGUUACGACGCCCUGCAUUGCAAUUGCAUUGAUCAGAUUCGGAUUGGUAUUGCGUCAUUCGAUGAAUUGUGUAUUAUUUACACGUUUACAAUAUCAAGCAAGCACAUCUUACCGUCUUCAACACAAGCUUUGACGUUAGCUGGACUAGCGACUCAGCUCCGAACACGACGGCUGGAUCUGUUAUUUAUGUUUUUCUUGGACUUGCCCUAGAAAUUGAAUUGUGAAGCUGAACUUCCUGAACUGAAGACAACUUGACAAGUGAACUGAAAUUCCAUAUGAAUAUUGGCAGGACCAAUUCAGUGUGUUUUUAAUAAAAUUGAGAGGAUCUGGACCUCUUCAUUGUCUUGAAUGAUUUUAAUUCCAUUUUCCAGCGCAGCUGAAUCAGAUAUUUGGCAGUUGCCAAUAUUUUGCUAUCUAUUUCACGUAAAUAAUAUCAGAGACUUCUCUUAAAGUAAAAGUAAAUCUCAGGGUUGUUGAAAAGGAGCAUCUAACUCUAGUAAUUUAAUCUAGGCCUAACUAACUUUCCUAAGUGCUGCUAAUGUUAUAUUAAGCAGCAUCAUUCAUCGGUGUGUUAAGAAGCCAGGAGGCCCAGGACACAACUACGGAGAAAGAUACACGGCCGAAAGUAUACUGGAAUAAACCUGUGAACUAUUGAAGUGAAUUUUGCUUUUAACCAUAGUAGAUACAAACAACUACAAACCAAAAGAGUAGCCUAAAGUUCUAGUGUAGCACUGUUGAUGUAAAAAACAACUAGCAAAAUUUUGUUUCUCUUUUUGGUCAGAGGUUUAAUUUGCUGAGCUUGAAUCGGGUCAGAGAGGAAUCAGAAAUAAAUUGUCACUUGAUGAACAAUUUUGCAUCUGCCCCUAUUCCGAUCCAUCAUGGUCGGGGUAAAUUUCAAAUAUUUCAGGACGUUUCUUCCGAAUCAACUGGUGGACAAUUGAGUCCUCAGCCACAACUUUCCCCGAGUCCGCCAAGUUUUGUAUCCAGUGAGGAUCAUGUAGUCUCGAGAAUUGGAAAUUAUGUUCUCCUGGAGGAAGUAGCUCCGAAAGUAAACAAGUGUAUUGAUACUUUAAAUAACAAAGAAUGCAUUUGUAAGGUAGUGGAUGUGGAUAAAUACCGGGAGGCAUUUGCUGUACACUUUCACUUAGGCUAUCAUCCCCAUAUUAACCAUGUUGAAGAGGUGUUGCAUGGUCAAAGUCAGGCGUAUGUCAUCUUGCCCAUCACCCAUGGAGACAUGCACUCCUAUGUCAGGCGGAAGCGCAAGCUGCGAGAGCGGGAGGCUGCCUCCCUCUUUCAUCAGAUGGUGCAAGCCGUUGCUCACUGCCAUGCCCAUGGCGUCAUCCUGCGGGACCUGAAGCUGCGCAAGUUUGUCUUCAAGAAAGAAGAAAGAACUGAUGUCGUUCUUGAUGGGAUUGAAGAAGGCCGGAUGCUAGCUACACCAAGUGACGAUAAUUUGAAUGACAAACACGGUUGUCCUGCCUACGUUAGUCCAGAAAUACUUCUCACCAAUGGUAGCUACUCUGGUAAAGCUGCAGACAUGUGGAGCCUGGGCGUCAUUCUCUACACCAUGUUGGUGGGGCGUUACCCAUUCCAUGAUUCCGAUCCCGUCUCUCUCUUUACCAAAAUCCGUCUUGGACAGUACAAUGUUCCCGAUUCCCUCUCCACCCAGGCCAAGUCAAUGAUUUACAGCCUGAUGCGGGUGAGUCCUACUGAGAGACUUACAGCCGAGGAAGUCCUUGAGCAUCCCUGGUUUCGAACCACCAGUCAGAAGUCAUCAAGGAAAUCAGAACCUAAGAUGGUGGAUCAACUUGUUCCAGAUUUUUUUUCUACAGAUGAUGAUCUGACAUAGUAUUUGAUUUGUUAUUCAUUUUACCAUUUCAGUUCUUAUAGAUUUGAUUGUACAGUAGUGGGAUAUAAUUUGUUUCCCCCCAUUUCUUUUCUUGAUGUGAUAUUAACAAGUCUAAAUGUCUUAAUAUACCUGUAUGGGCACCGACUGGUAGUUGUUCAAUUGGUAUUCCUUUGAUUUAUCAGUCAUGUGAUUUUAUUAUGUCAAAGAGUUGAUUUACCUAAUCUUUUUUUAAUCAGAAAUUUAGUUAAAUGUGCAUCAGAAUAUAAUAGGCUAUAAAUUGAUAUAGCCAUUCACAAAACAUUUUCUACUUUAGGGUUAUUACUCUUGAUUGAUUUCUGUAGACCUGAAUUUAAAGGUAAAUGCUAGUUUUGGUAACGAUAUCAAAAUGAGUUCGUACAGAAUCCAAUGAAAUGACCACCAAAGUGUCUGUUUGUAUAAAUAAAACGCAUGUGCCAAAGGAUUCUGGAAGAAAUUGUGUAAUUGCUGAGAAAUCAGCAAAUAAGCACAGGAUUCGGGUAGAGCGUCGGGCCCGACGCUCAAAGCAAUAAUUAUACGCUGUCCCACGUGCGCUUAUCUGUGUUGGGGAAGUUCAGUCUGAACAUUUUUCAGCGUAGAUUUCAAGAUUUCACAAAGUUCAGUUUAUGUAACUGUACCAGAUCUAGAUCCUCGAUGAUAUACUGACAAUUAAGCCUGGUUUUACAGACUUUCUCAUGAAAUCAGUGUUUACUGCAACUACUGGAAUUUCUCUUUAAAUGAAUGAUAUGUACCCACAAUCCAUUCAGACCUAUAGCCAAGAUCAAUCUGACUAGGGUCCUGUGUGUGCCCCCCCUCAGGUGGUCAUCUGUACCAUUUGUUUUGUAGAUUGUUGAUAUGCAUUCAUAAAAUUUGUAAGAAACAUGUUUAUGAAAGAAGAAAAAAAAUUAAUUACCCUGACUGAUAGGAUGUUAGAAUAUCCUCUAAAAUAUUUUGUUUUUUCUAAUAUGAUUCACAUUAUUGAACCUUUACCAAAGAUUUCAAGACAAACAUGUAAUAUUAAUUUUCAGUCAUAAGAUUGUGUAAACCAAAAGCUUCAGUCUCGAUUGGUUGUUCCACUGAACUAUGUUGGCUAGACUAUGUAAAACUGUCAGAAAUUGUUAAAUGAAUCCCCAGAAAAGAUGGUUAUUCCUGUCUACAGACUGCAUUGGUGGAGAAACCACUUCAUGGCAAAAGAUCAACUCAAUUCCGGCAAAAUAUUUUCAGAAAGGACCUAUUGGAUAAAACUACGAGACAAUGUGUUUUUUAUUCAACAUUACCCAAAGGAACUGUGUUUCUUAACCAAUCAAGGCCUGUAUGUUGUCAGGAUCUGACAACCUUUCUUUAUUUUGAUUUGCUGAGAAGCAAUGUUAGUACAUGGUAAUUGUCAGGUAAAAUGGAAUAUGUCAGAUGAAUAAUCCGACGUCCUUUCAUGAAACGCUCCCAUGAUUUACAAUAUCAAGGUAUAAAAAUAUAUAUAUAUAUAUACAGCCUCCAGUGGUAUAUUAAAUUUAAAUUCCAUGCUUUGGUUGCAGUUUUAUCUACAAGCAGCGUACUGAGUUGUCCUAAAAAUUUUCUCUUUUUUUCUUGAUGGUGAGGCUUUGAGGGGUGAUCCAGAAUUAAUGGGUUUGGUGCAUUUUUAUUUUAAAAACUCAGUGGAUAAUUUACAGAAAGCAUUGUAAAAUGCAGUGUACUGUUGAAGCUUUUGAUUAGAAUGAAAAACAUUGAGCAUCUGUGUUCCUUAUUCCCUGUCAGGCAAUAAUAGGCAUAGAGAUACUCUCUGUGCUAUUCAGAUAUGUGUCGGCACAUGCACAAGAGGUGUGUAGAGGAUGGUCCGUAGAAUGCACUCAUCAAACAAGUUUGUAAUUAUUCUUCAGAAAGUUGCUAAAUUUGCAAAGCAUGGAGAAUGAAAAUGUUAGUACUAGUGAUAAUUGAAUAGAAUUGCAUCAUUUCCAUCUGAUGAAAUUUUGCAUUUGAUGAGUCUAUUAUGAUGCAUGUAUGUUUAUUCAUUUAGAUUUUCACUUUAUGUAAUGACCUAGGCAUGUGCAAGCUAUGCUCCUAGAGAUUUGUGCAUUCAUUGUUUGCGGAAUGGCUUCAGGCAGGCUCUGAAAAAAAAGUACUUGUUGAUAUAGUGAAUGUGAUUGUGAUCUAAAAUUUGUAAAGUGCUGUAUGAUAUGUCCAUGUGACAUUAGAUGAAAUAUAUUGAAUUGUGCUAAUAAAGGAAAAACAGAGUGUCCCAGAAAAAAGAUCUUCAGUUGAAGCCACUGGUAUGAAUGUUGAUGGGGUACAACAUAGGGGCAGGGAUUUUGCCCCUUUGAUUUUUUUUUGGGGGGGCCUUUCAAAUUAGCCUGGUACAUAUUGUUACUGUAUGAAUGAUACGUAAUGCAUGAGAAGAUGAAGACAAGGUAGGAAAACCAAGCAGUCCUUAGCCCUUGGCCAGAUGUAUGUGAACGUCUGAGAAAUACUUUUUUUUCUGGUACACACUGUAUUUCUAGAAUGCAUGACUUAUUCUUAUCCAAAGAUGAGAGUAAUUAUGCAUGAUUAAGGAAUACUGAACUGAUGUUACAUGUAGAUUUAUUUGAGAUUCAAUAUGUACCAAUCUUUGUAGCAAUGCUACCUUCCCAUCUUCUUACAAGUUACAAAUUUUGUUAUGGGAGGUGAGGAAAUUAAUGAUUGCUUUAUCCAUCAUGAAUAGAGAUGCUCAUGGCACAGUAAAGAAAGAAAAAAAGGAAAUGAAACAAAUAAGCAUGAUAAAGAGGGGUGAUCAUUAUUAUUAUUAUUUUGGUUCAGGGGAAUAGGGAUGAGCAUACUAUGGCUCCAGUCAGUUGGAAUCUCGACUAAAGCACCUUUACACACUCAAACAUAGUUUUGAACUUGAGUUGUAUUAAUAUCAGAAUAUCAGCUUUAUGCAAACCAAUUUCCUCUAUCUGAAUACCAUAAGGAACAGGAAUUGCAUUUAGAGCAGAGCAAUUGCUUGUUUCAAGAGAAGAAUGUUGUAAUGGGAGUGAUAUUGGGUAGUAAUUGAUUGUGAAAUGGCCAAAGUCAAAUACAGGUGUCUUUCCUAAAAAAGUGUACUUCUGUCAAGCCAGGAGUAUGGUUUCAGGGGACAAAGGAGCAGAUGAAACAUGCAAAUCACAGUGCUCUAAACACAUUCACAAUGAUGAUUGGUGCUAACUGCUAAAGCUUUGAGGAUUUAUCUUUGAAGCUUUAUCAUUUAAUCAAAUUAGUAUCAACAUGUACUUAACUUUAUUUACAGCCCCCCAUCACCUGUCCUGGCGAGUGGCGAACCACCUGAAAGUAUAUAGUAUUUGAUCCUGUUUGGUCUUAACAUUUUUUCAUAUACUUCUUGUUGCCUAUACAAAUUAUUGGAAUCAUAUCACUGCCACAACAGAUGCUGUAUAUUCUAAAUAUUAUAUGAUUUGUUUAUUCUAGAAAGUAUAUGAUUUUUUUUCAAUUCAAUAGUGUUUGACUUUUGUUGGUUUGUACAUGUACUUCAUAGAUUUACAUGUAUGAUCUAAUUGUUUGUAAAUUUGUUUGAUUUGUAUGUUUUGUUUAUUAUUUCAAAUUCUUUAUACUUUACAAAGAGAGAAUUGUGCUUUUUUCAUUAAAUUGUUCGUGUUGAGUUGAAGUGUUGAGAUACUCUUUGAUUCCAUUAAACACUUUGAAUAUUAAUUCAUUACACAGGCAGAGAAUAACACAUGCCUUAAGGUCAGGCAAACUAAUGGCGUCUCCAACCCAAGAUGGGAACUACCUAAUUUGCAUAAACAGAAUGUCUAGUCAUCGAGCAUAGCGUACAUUCAUAUCAAUACAUAUUGAAUAAGGGGAAUAAUGAAGCCUUCAUAGUGUAAUAACCAAAAUAUCAGUGAUACAUUUUAAAUCAGUGUGUUUAUUCUAAAUGAACUGCAGUGCAGUAGAUGUACUUUACUUUUACAGUAAACAAAGCUUUCCAUAUCUAUUCAUUAAGGAAAAAAGAAUCUGAAAUAUUGAGCUUCAUUUAUAUUUUCCUUUGUUAUUCCCUUGUUUUUACCACACUGUGACCCCUUCAAAAGAAACCAAUGAUUAUUGUUCUAUAGUCAUGCCUAUAAUUUUGAAUAAAUGACACAUACAUUUAUGAAAAGUUUAUAA